GUUAGACAUCAGGAAGAGCGCCCAUGAGACAGUCUUUGGGAAAAUGAGAAACCGGUGAUCGGUGAUUCACACUGACUCUGCUGGAGUGAAAGAGAGACUUUAUUAAGUUAGGAGUUGUGGCCAUCCAUGGCUGAUCCACUUGUAGCGCUGGCUUGUGGAUUGUCAGCAGCAUUUCUCUUCCUGCUGCUGUUUGGCCUAUCAGUGUAUCUACUGUGGAGGAAGAGACGAACUCAAGAGCUCUACAGGGGACUGAUACCUGCCACCCCCACAAUCCCACGAUGCACCACUCCAGUGCUUCAGACAUCACAGAGCAGCAGCUAUGGCUCAGGUGAUCUUCCUUUCUUUGUGCCUCCUCGAUUCAAGAGAACACCCCAACCAAACGAGGAGAAAGAGGAAAGAGAGUAUACCGAGGAAUGGGAACUCCACCCAGAUCUACACACCCAGCGAGGCUCUGUAACAGUAGGGAGUUGGUUCCCCCUUGGCAGCAUAAGACCAGACCUGUACGAGCUCCCAGAGGAACCCAGUGAAUGGGCCCUUCCCGAUGGCUCAGCUGUUCGUCUGUGGUUCGCUCUGCGGUACCAGCAGGAGAGAGAGCAGCUGGUGGUGUCUCUGCUCCGUGCCGCUAACCUGCCCGUUCAGUGCCAGGGUAAUGUCACACUAGUAAAAUUGCAGCUGUUGCCAUCUGAUGAUCGACGACACCGUCAAGCCAAAGCACGGCGGAAAGGUUGUCAUCCACAGUUCAAUGACACCUUUGUGUUUCAGGUGUCUAAUGGCUGCAUUGACCAGUGCUCUCUGAAAAUGAACAUGUACACUGUGGUCCAUCAGAAGAAGCACCAUCUUGUAGGUCAAGUCAUGAUCCCCCUCAGACUUUCUGAACUAAAGGAGACGGCAGGAAAAGUACAGUGGAGGGAUCUGGACAGUGAAAGUGAUCAACCCCUUUCAAAAAAUGGUGACAUCCAGGUGUCUUUGAACUACAAUCAGUCCCUACACCGCCUCACUGUGGUUGUUCUACGAGCCCGGGGUUUGCAGUGUUGCAGUGAUUCAGGUGUGUGCGCCCAGGUCUCUCUGAAGAUACAUACUCAUGUAGUGAGGAACAAGUGGACCACUGUGGCGAAAGGAAAUAAUCCGUCCUUUAAUGAGAGGCUUACCUUCAGACUCCUCCCCAUACAGCUGGACACAGCCUGUCUGACCCUACAGCUCCAGCAGCCCAGCACAGAGGAACCUGUGUUGUUGGGCAUUGUGGUCAUUGGGCCGUUCAUGUAUGCGAGGGGCAGAGAGCUGGAACACUGGAAUGACAUGGUCAGCAAACCACAGGAGCUGGUCAGGCAAUGGCACCCGCUGGGAUCCGCUGACACACAGGAACUUCAGUGAACAACACGCAACAAACUCAAUGCCAGCGUCCUCCUCUCUUUGUAAAACAAUAAUAGCCUUUUUUCUUGUUUGCAUUUAAUUACAUCAUUUUAAACAGUUUGCUCUUCAAAGUCCCAUCAGAACAACUGUGGUUUGAUGCAUGAAGUAAAAAUACAGUCCAGUUGUACCACAGGGUUUUCACAUUUUUAACCCAUGAAUUUCCAUUUUUUUUAAUAUUUCUUUUUUAUGGAUUAAUAGAUAAAGUUUUUUUUUCAUUUGGAUUCAUUAGAUUUGCAUCUAUCCAUCCAUACUUCAAUCCUAUUUAUUCUUAUGUAGGGUCGCAGUGAUUGUUACUGAAUUGUUCAGACCAAUUUGUGGACUGGUUUGAUUAAUUCAUUGAAAAUAAUUAUUCACUCACUAAUUGGACAUAUACUACUAUUCAAAAGAUGGGAUCUGUAAAUUACUAAAUUGAUCAAAAGAGACGGUAAAAAUAUUUAUAAUGUUAAAAAAACAUUUUACUUCAAAUAAUUGUUGUUCUUUUAACUUUAUGAACUAAUCUUGAAAAAACAUUAACGUUAACCAGCACAACUGUUUUAAAUGACGAUAAUAAUGAGAAAUGUUUCUUGAGCAGCAAAUCAGCAUAUUAGAAUGAUUUCUGAAGGAUCAUGUGACACUGAAGACUGGAGUAAUGAUGCUGAAAUUUCAGCUUUGCUAUCAACGGAAUAAACUACUUUUAAAAUACUAAAUUAGAAA